UUUCAAUUUGUCUUCAUCACAACUAUAUUUUCGAAAACGCUCCUACUAGCAAGAAAGCAUUAUGCCACAGAAUAGACUCUCCCCUCUGACCUGUCUAACCCCCACUCCAUUCCAACGUCUGUCUCCAUUUCCCACAGAAUCACUCACCACCAAUAAACAUAUCGACUACAAUUGGUAUGGGUCUUUCGAUCGUCACAAAAUAGUUACAGAGGCGACUUCUUUCCUCUCUACCCACGCUUCUUUCUCAGCUUCAUGCAUAUCCUCUACCUUUUUCGAUUUCCUCGAUAUCGCUUGGAAAUAUUGCAAUGAGUAUGAAAGAAUUCCAACAGAGGCCUGUUGGUUUACGAUCCGUCUCACCAAACCGAGUGAUGUGUUUGUGAUGCCUAGGUGGCAUCGAGAUGCGAGAAUGUUCGACUGUACCUGUCUCCAUUCUCAAUCGGGACACGAGGAUGAGGGAUCCAGCAGCGACCCUAAGAAGGAAAAGGCAAUUCACAGUAAAUAUGCCACCACACUCCUUGGCCCUUGCACUCGACUGCUCCCAGAAACUCCUUUUGUUAGAAGUAGCAUGGUCGAAGUCAUGGGUCUGAGUUGUGAAGAAGAAGAAAGGAUUCAACUGGCAAAGCGGUUUGAGAAUGAAGAAUGUGUUAGUCUGGUGGUGGGAGAUAUAAUUCGUUUUACUUGGGGAGAUGAAGAUUCACCUGUUCAUUCAGAGCCGGAUAUCAGUUGCAGUCAUAGAGUCUUUCUUAGUUUGAUGUUUGGCAGUGAAGAGGAGCUUAGACAAAUGUGCAAGUGGCGGGAUAUGGAAUUCAGAGAGUACAAGAUUGAUUCCAGAUGAAAGAGUCGACGUCCCUUUUCAUCUAAAGAAGAUUCACUGUAUCAAAACAGAUUCCUGUCUUUGAUACGUACAAAAGGCGAUAAUACAGACAGAGCCGGUAGAACUGGAGGAUAUGUCGAGCCUCCGUAUUUGUUGACAGGUUUUAGAAAGCUCUUUUCUUGUGUAUGAGAAGAAAAGAAAGAUGAGACAUGUAGCUUAUGAUAAGUUGCACAUCAUUGUCAAAUAAUGUGAUUUGAUUUCUUAAUUGACACUUUAAUUACACUAUGGAUCAGGAGCCGACAUAAUCCUCGCCGCUAUUCUCAGCAAUCACUACGAACUAAAAUCCAUACUCCUAUCCAAAACUGAAUACACGAUUAGUUUCAGGCGAACUUUCCAGCAACACGCUUCUGUUUCUUAUUCAAUUGUCCGAGCAUCGCAGGUCUAUAAUUAGAAGGAGAAGCCUCGAGAGUCUGUGUAUCUUCCUGAGCUUGUCUUUUGGGCUUACGGCCUGCUUCCAUCUCGGACCUGGAGAUCAAGGUAGAAGCAAUUUUUUGUGCGGGGCUUCUGAGUUUUCGUUUUCGGGAAUUGGCGACAUUAGUGCUCGGUUGAGUUUCUGGAGGUGGGGGUUGAAUGAUGGGAAUGCCAUUCUCAUCUAACUCUCCUUCUUCUUCUGCAUCGUGUAUAAACUCCAUUGCCCGUCCCAUCGAAUGAUUGAUCAUAAUCAUUUCAUCUUCACUCUGAGAACCAGGAGUCUGCAGGCCGGUCUCAUGAUCUUGGUCAUCUGUAUUCACAACCUCAGUACGCGUGUGCAAAAGUUGUAUGUUAACGUUCAUUUUAACUUCCAAUCCUUUUGGAAGGUUUGGGAGCGAGAAAUCGAAUCCGGAGAGGAUAGCUUUAGUCGUGAGCUGGAGGAGACCUUCCUAUUUUUUUAGUCAGGAGAGUGCAGGCAUAAGUAGUUCGGGCUGACGCGCAGAUACAGAAUAUGAAUUAUCAGAUCAUAGGCAAGAAAAGAAAUGUUCAAUGGAGACUUUUUAAAAGACUUACCAAUUCAGGCCCUCCAUUUGUCUCAUUCAAUUUCUGUUCAAUAGCAGCUAAUUCCCUGGAUUGAUCCCUCCGACGGGCAAGACGUGAUUGAUUCUCAACGAAAGCAACGAUUCCCUCUUUAAUAGUGGGCUUUUCUAUACCGGCAGCUGUGAGUUGCGCCAAAAGCUCUUUGGUGGUGAAAUUGUUGAGGUCCAUGCUGCUUGGCUGAUAGUUUAUGACACGAGUUGAGAAGGGAGAGGGAGGUUGAUUGUAUAUUUCUUUCUUUCUUGGCUGAAUGAAUACAUGAAUUUUAGGUAUUGAAUAUAUGCUAUGCUGUACUUGAGAAUCAAAAUUAGAAAUUUUUUUGGCAUUAAAUAGAUGGGUGAAUGAGAAAGCCGUAGAAUUAGCGUUCUUGUGAGUUUUCUACUAUACUGUAGAGGUGAAUUCGUCGGGUUAAAGAGAGCCAAUGAGAUGAGAUAGAAUGCCAAAAAAAUGAAUCGAGCGGAGUUAUUUUCUGGAGAGUUAAAACUUUGGAGUGUAAUGACCUAUCUUUGUCUGGGAAGACUAGUUAGCAGCUGAUGUGGUAAUAGCUCUUCCUCUAUAUAUAGAAAUCAAGAACCAUGGUCUUUUUAAGUAGUAGAAAGG